AUGUCAAAGGUUAGUGAAUUGAUUUUUAAAGAUUAUUUAACAAGAGAUAAAUUAAUACAAUUUCGGAAAAUAUUAUUGUCUAAAAACCUUAAAUCUAGCUUAGCUGCAAACCUAUCAGACCAGUUAUUGAUUUGUAAUCCCUUUGCAGAAGAAAAAGAUAAGGAUGGUUAUUUCAAAUAUCAAACUCCUUCAAAUAUUUUAAAAAAUAACUCGCUAUUAUACAAGAGGCGUUUGUGGGGGCAAGGUGAGAUUAGGAAGUAUAAUGAAUUAAAGAUAAAUGAAGCCUACAAAUGUAAUGAAAAAUUAAAGUAUAUCAAGAAGUUCAAAGAUGAAUAUCACGUCUGUAUGGAAAGAGUCAUAAUUAGUGAUGCGAAAGCAGAUACUCUAAUAUCAAGGGAAUUACGAACUUUGGUGUAUAAGAUCUCUAAAUAUAGUAGGUCUACAAUGGCUGCGAACCAGACGCCUCUUAUUGGUGAAAUAAUCAACAAAAACUUUGCAUUUAAUGACCUUGAUAUUAUUCAAUACAGUCAAUUAACUUCCAAUCCACAUCGUAUACAUUGGGAUAAGUCAUACACUCAAGAUAUUGAAGGUUAUGAAACUAUAAUCGUACAAGGCCCAUUUUUACUUCAAACUCUCGCAUCUACAGUCUCAGCUUACCUUGGUAUAAACAUCUCGAGUAUCAAGUAUAAGAAUCACAACAUAUUAUAUCAGGAUAUUCCUAUUGAAAUUGUUUAUCAUAAAUCACCAUCAGUUCCCGAUGGACCUGUUGAGGCACAUAUUCGUUCUGCUAAAGACCCUUCAUUCGUCUAUUUAUCUGCUUUGAUCACUACUAAACCAUAA